AUGCAAGCUUCAUUAAUCGCGAACUGCGUCUUCAACGCCUUCUUGCCUUUUACCGCCAUAACGCUUAGCAUUGUGUCAAUACUCGCUCUGAGAAAACCAUUGACGAUACCAAGAGCUCUAAAAGUAUUGCUGCUGAGUCUGGCUGUAUCUGAUCUUGGUGUUGGUUUACUAGUUCAACCCUUGUACAUUGCAAGUCUUGUAAUGCUGAUAAAAGAAAACACUCAAACUCGAACUUUUGAGAUUACUUUAAACAUUUUUUAUCAAACAGGGAAUUUCCUUACUUAUGCCUCGUUCAUUGGUGUUGUAGCUCUAGCCGCAGACAGAUUCUUGGCUCUUCAUUUUUAUCUCAGGUACCAGGAACUAGUGACUCACAAGCGCGUUGUUACUGUAGUGAUCUCGAUUUGGAUCAUAAGUGCGAUUCUGAUGUUACUGUUCGGUAUGGAUUCCGUCAAAUGUUGCCACGAUUAUUUCAGUACCUGUUGA